GCGAAGAUGUAGCGGGUGCGACUGCCGCUCGCUGCUUUCCGCCCAGGCUGCGCUUACCCCCCCCCGCCCCGUGCUGGUCUGCGAGGGGGGAAAAAUGCCAGGGGUGCUACCCAGUGACAGUAACGGGCUUUCGAGAGGGAGCCCGUCAAAGAAAAACAGGCUUUCGCUGAAGCUUUUCCAAAAAAAGGAAGCGAAAAGAGCGCUGGAUUUUACAGAGUCGCAAGAAAAUGAACAAAAGAGUUCUGAAUACAGAGGCUCUGAAAUUGAUCAGGUUGUUCCUGCAGCACAGCCUCCAUCACUUGUUAGCUGUGAGAAAAAGGACACCAUGUUGCCUUUUGUGGGCUUGAACAAUCUAGGUAACACUUGUUACCUUAACAGCGUACUUCAGGUGUUAUAUUUCUGUCCUGGUUUUAAAACUGGAGUAAAGCAUUUAUAUAAUAUCAUUUCAAAGAAGAAAGAAUCUUUGAAGGAUGAAGGAGCACAAAAAUCAGAAAAGGGAAGUUGUAAAGAAGAUCCACUGGCAAGUUACGAAUUAAUCUGCAGUUUGCACUCAUUGAUUCUUUCAGUUGAACAACUUCAAGCCAGCUUUCUCUUAAAUCCAGAAAAAUACACAGAUGAACUUGCUACUCAGCCACGAAGGCUGCUAAAUACUCUUAGAGAGCUCAACCCUAUGUAUGAAGGCUACUUGCAGCAUGAUGCCCAGGAAGUUUUGCAGUGUAUCCUAGGUAACAUUCAAGAAACCUGUCAGCUACUGAAGAAGGAAGAAUUGAACAAACUGCCUGUGGAAGAGCCUACAGCUAAACUGGAGGAAAAACUUAAUCAAAAUAUUGAGAGCAAUGGAACUAGCAGUCCUGCUGAAGAGGAGGAUAGUGUACCAAGUAGCCAUGUUGGAGAGAGAUCUGAAGAUAAACUAAUGAAAGGAAAUGGGAAAAGAAAAAGUGAUGCUGAGGGUGGCAAUGCAAAGAAGAAAUCCAAAGUAUCCAAAGAGCAAAAUGCUGAAGAAAAUCAAAGACAAACCAGGUCAAAGAGGAAAGCAACAGGAGAAAAGCUGGAAAAUCAAACCGAUGCCAUUGCCAAGUGUUCCACUGAAAACGAGAGUGUAAAGCCAACACAAAAAAAGUCACGGCUUAGAUUAAACUGGUUAAAGUCGUCAUGCAAACAGCCUAGUAUUCUGUCCAAAUUCUAUAGUCUGGGAAAGUUAACUACUAAUUUGGGAUCCAAAGACCCAGUGAAAGAGUAUGAUGACUAUGAGCUAGAAGAGCCAUCCAUAAAGUGUGAAAAUGGUAACAAUAUUAAAGAAGAAUAUCAUGAACCAGCAUCUCCUGUGGAAAGCCAUAGUGAAAAAGGAACUGAGAAAGAACCAAAUAAGGAAGGUACAGAGCUGGCAGUUUUUGAACUAGUGGAGAAACUGUUCCAGGGCCAGUUAGUACUGAGAACAAGAUGCUUGGAGUGCGAGUGCUUUACUGAAAGAAGAGAAGACUUUCAGGACAUCAGUGUCCCAGUGCAAGAAGAUGAACUUUCUAAAACUGAGGAGAGUUCUGAAAUUUCUCCAGAGCCAAAAACAGAAGUGAAGACUCUAAAAUGGGCAAUUUCACAGUUUGCAUCAGUGGAAAGGAUUGUGGGAGAGGAUAAAUAUUUUUGUGAAAACUGUCAUCAUUACACAGAAGCAGAACGCAGCCUUUUGUUUGAUAAAAUGCCUGAAGUUAUAACAAUUCAUUUGAAGUGCUUUGCUGCUAGUGGCUUAGAGUUUGAUUGCUAUGGUGGACUGUCCAAGAUAAACACUCCCUUAUUGACGCCUCUCAAGUUGUCACUAGAAGAAUGGAGCACAAAACCAACUAAUGACACCUAUGGAUUAUUUGCAGUGGUAAUGCACAGUGGCAUUACAAUUAGCAGUGGACACUACACAGCCUCUGUCAAAAUUACAGAUCUUAAUAGUCUAGAGUUAGAUAAGGGAAACUUCAUCACUGACCAAAUGUAUGAAAUGAUUAAACCAGAACCACUGAAUGAGGAGGAAGCAAGAACUGUUGCUGAAGACUAUGAUGAUGGUGAAGUCUCCUUUAGAGUCAAUGGAAAUGCCCAGCCUGGUAAGGUUCUGAAUAAAAAGAACAUGGAAGCUGUUGGACUUCUUGGGGGACAGAAGAGUAAGCCUGACUGUGACCUGUACAAUAACAAACCAGCUAAUCCUGAUAAGUUUCUUAAUAUUGUUACUGAAAACAGAAAUUCUGAGUCUAGCAAUACAAAUGGAAAUGUGGAAUUCACUAUGGAACACAGUGAUCAAAAUGGUGUUGCUUUCAGUGGACUAGAAAACAAAGCUUUGUAUGUAUUACAGAGCCUGAAAGAGUAUGAAGGAAAGUGGUUGCUUUUUGAUGAUUCUGAAGUGAAGGUUACAGAAGAAAAAGACUUUCUGAAUUCUCUUUCUCCAACAUCAUCAUCUACAUCAACUCCUUACCUGCUGUUUUAUAAGAAAAUUGUAGAGUGAUACUGUAUUUUGACUGUAAAUACUAGGAAUUUGCAUACACCUAUUGGUCUGAUUUGCAUCACGACUACCUUGAAGAAACAGCUGUUUGGUUUUGAAGCUACUGGAUCAUAAGUUUCUGUUCUUUUCAUUCUGUGUAGGUUGCUCAACUUAAAUUAACAAACCAUGUCAUAGAACUUUAACUCACAUAACGUUUAUGCUGGAUAAUAGUGAUAUUACCUUUUAGAAAUACAAACCUGUAUAGUUCCUAUAUGAUGCCUACGAUACACAGUAGUGGUUUUAACACAACUCUAGUUCUCAGACAUGCCUCUUGUAUUAUUAGCCUUUUUUUUUAAUAAAAGUUAUUUGUAUUCAUAUUCCGGCGUAAAUGUAUAUUAACUAGCAAAUUUCAUCCAGAAGUUGUGUAUUUUUGUAACUUGGGAAGUAAUACUUCAUAUCUAGUCUUUGGGUAAUCUACAUGGUUUACUGAUGACAUUCUCCUUAUUCAGUUCUGUAGUGCUCAGUGCAACUCAAAGCACAAGAACAGGAUAUUGUAAGCUUGUUCAGUGUAUUGGAAGGAAGUGAACUUAAUAGAAAUGUUUGAAUGGUCUAAUUUACAUCUUGUUGAUUAGGUGUUAAAUGGACAAAGUGUAAAUAGGUGUGACUAGUACUUCCAAACAGGGGGAGCAUGUAGUGUAAUUAAAAUAUUUUGUACUUCUAAGAGUAAAAAGCCCUCUACUUUGCAUAUCUGUUUGGGUGGAUUUCGAAUUUAGUGGUAAUCUUAUAACAGUUAACUUGUAUUUAGAGCUCACUGAAAUGUGGGCGAACAAAAGCAUUUGGCUUGAUGCUUUGUUAAGAAUGUAUAUACGAAAUAAAAAAUUUUAUGAUAUGCACUGAGUGUCUGAGAUGACUACGUCAGACUUGUGUUUGGAGAUGAAAAAAGUGGGAAGUGAAAAUGGCUGGGCAUAGUUACAAAAAGGUUGGGAAGUUAUGUAUCUUAGAGAAAUUUAGAGGGGAGAAUGAUAUAAAAAAAAUUGUUUUUAACAUAUUCUUGUACAGUUAAAUGGCUAACCAAAAAAGUAGCAUAGUCUAUUUGGAAAAUAUUUGAUGGUUAAAGUAAAGUUCAGAAGCCAGAGGAAACUAACAGAUUAUUGUAUAAAUGAGUGCAGUGUUUGCCAAUAAAUAUUAGAGAUUAAAAUCCUAAAUUAUGUAUUAGAAAUAAAAAAUUUAAGGAGCAUCGUAUGAACUGCAGACAGUGGACAACUAAAAUUUUUAAUAAUAUGGUACAAACUAGGGUAUUAUUUCUCCAGUCAUAGCAUGGAUGGAAUGACUUGAAUUACUGUUAAACACACAGCUUAGGAAAGAUGCAAGGGAUGUGAAUAUGCCCAUUUUCAGGACAUAUUUUAACUUUUCAAAUACAAAUUAAUCUAUAUUUAUAGAAAAAAAGUCCUGAAGCUUAUAUCAAGUUUAUUCUACAGUACUCAUUUUCUUAUAGACCAUCUUCUACCAUAAUGCAGUACAAACACUGAGAUAACUCAGUGAAAAAUACCUGAUGUUUUCCAUGUUAUAGGGGACCUUUGAUUUUGUACAGACAAAACGUAUGAUAUAUAGAUAUAUAUAUAUAUGAUAAAAUAUGCUUCCCUGUAGAAAGAUUAUAUUAUCAAUUAAAAAUAGUGUUAAAAAAAAAAGCUGGACUAAAUUUAGAGCUGCUUCUAAAUUUAUGCUGAAUGGAUGUCUAAUAUGUAUCUCAGUUGUAGAGGGGAAAAAAAGUUGAAUUUACACAGAGACCCUUCCCUUUGCGAAGCACUGUUAACAUAAUUUUGUAGUCUCAAACAAAUUAUCUUCCAAAAAAUAACUGUAAUCCUACCUUGUAAGGAUAGCCAAACUAAAUUACAGAAUGCUAUUUUUUUUUUUUACUGCUGCCUGCAGUGUGAGAUUUGCUCAAUUUCAGCCUGCAAAUAAAAGUUUGUUUUUCCAAAAUCAA